UAUAUAUUGCAUUUGCCAGUGCUUCGGCCUUCAUUGCACUCAUUUUACAGUAGUCGCUAUUGAUUCAUUAAUUUUGAGAGUUUCACUGCCGGUUUCUUCUUCAAUACGUUCUCCUUUAAAUUCAUUCAGACGAAGAAGGUUGAUCAAGGAUGUCAUGGUUAUGAUCAGCGGUGACAAAAGCUAUGGAAUUCGGAGAAAACGGGAAUAUCACUCGCAAUCUACACAGCUUUGUAGUACUCUAAGUGCUAAAAGAACACAUGUAUUAAAGAGGAGUUAUGUUAGUGUUAUUUUUGGAACCAUUUUUGGCUUCUUAAUUGGGGUGACAUUUCCUCCACUUUCAUUAAUCAAGCCAUUUGUUAAAGACUCUCUCAAUGUGGGUUCUAUCGUAGAGAGAACUGACUUGAUAACUACUCAAAAUGUUCAGUAUUCUACAAAGAUUUGGGCUUCAUCAAACCCUAGGGGAGCAGAGAGAUUGCCUCCAAAACUUGUUGUCUCUGAGUCAGACUUGUUUCGUCGUCGAUUAUGCGGUGAACCAAGUGAGGACCUAGUUACUAGACCAAAGUAUUUGGUAGCAAUAAGUGUUGGUUAUAAGCAGAAGAAUAAUGUUGAUGAUAUUGUUAAAAAGUUUUCAGAAAAUUUUACUAUUCUUCUGUUUCACUAUGAUGGCCGAACAACUGAAUGGGAUGAGUUUGAAUGGUCUAAGCAGGCGAUCCAUGUUACUGUGACUAAGCAAACAAAAUGGUGGUACGCAAAAAGAUUUCUACAUCCAGACAUUGUCUCUCCAUAUGAAUACAUUUUUAUAUGGGAUGAAGAUCUAGGCGUUGAGAAGUUUGACGCUGAAGAAUAUAUCAAACUUGUCAAGAAACAUGGAUUGGAGAUUUCACAACCGGCAAUGGAGGGGAGUUCAUCAUCGUGGAAAAUGUCUUGGAGAUUAAAUGAUCGCGAAGUUCACAAGAAAGAGAAGUCAGGAUGGUGUAAUGAUUCUCAUUUGCCUCCAUGUGCAGCAUUUGUGGAAAUCAUGGCUCCUGUUUUCUCUCGUGACGCAUGGCGUUGUGUGUGGCACAUGCUUCAGAAUGACUUGGUGCAUGGUUGGGGUCUUGAUUUCACCUUUCGAAAAUGUGUUGCGCCCGCACAUGAGAAGAUUGGAGUGGUUGAUGCUCAGCCAGUUCUUCAUAGAAGAGUUCCUUCAAUUACGAAUGAGGGAGUACAAGAGAAUGGGAUGCCUGGUUGGCUCAUGAUUCGAACAAGAUCUAUUGUGGAGUGGAAAAUGUUUGAAAAAAGGGUAGCAGAUGCAGAAGAAGCUUAUUACAAGUCAAAUGGGAUUGAUCUUUACAACUUCACAGCUCUUAAGAAGGAAAUAACUAUCAUUGACAAUUUGGAAAAAAAAGCAAAAUCAAUCAUGAACAAGUAUAGGAUGGAUCCUAGUCAUGUAUCCUAAUAAUACAAUCUUACUUAUACAUAUAUUCAGAAUAUAAUGCACAUUUUACGUUCUAGGAAGAGUAAGUGAAUGAAUAAAUCAAUAAACAAACAAACAAUUUGAUCCAUGUUGUAGUACUGUAUGGAAGACCGUGUGGAUGAAUAAAAAAAUGACACGUCAUUUUAG